AUGUCUCCGCUCCUGGGCAACGCCACCGCCGACGCCUCCAACCUGUGGCGGGAGCGGCCGAACGCCACCGCCCCGCCCGCGGCGCCGGGCCCGCUCCACGUCUCGGUCUCCUGCCUGACGGGCGCGCUGGCGCUGGCGGCGCUGGCGGGCGGCGCGUUCUCGCUGGCCUCGCUGCUGCCCGUGCCGCGCCGGGGCGGCGCGCUGCGGGCGCUGGUGGCCGCCUGGGCGGUGGACGACCUGGUGGGGGCCCUGGCGGCCGCGCUCUGCCUGCGCCUGCAGUGGCCCCGCGGCGGCCCCGGCCCCCCGCCCCGGCCCCUGUGCGCCGCCGCCGCGCUCCUCCACACCGCCCAGGGCCUCUCGGGCAACUUGAAGGCGGCCCUGCUGGUCGGGUACAACUUUGUCAGCCUGCGCCGGGCGGCGGCGGGGCCGCGCACGGCCUGGGGCUGCCGGGUGGCCGGGCCCGCCGUGCCGCCGCUCUGCGCCCUCUACGCCGCCGCCCUCGCGCUGCUGGCCGGCCUGGCCGGCCCGCUCGCCCUGCGCCUGCUGUGCUCCGAGGAGGAGGAGGCGCCGCCGCCCCGCACCCGCGCCCGGUACCGGGCCAUCGCCGGCCGGGCCUCGGCCCCGGGGUCCCCUCCGCCGGGGUCCCCUCCCCGGUCUCCUCCGCCGCCGCGGGACGCCCCUCGGGCCGGAGCCCGCGCGCGCCCGCACCCCGGGCACGGCCGAAGCUUCGCGCGCAGCGUGGCGCAGAGGCGCUUCGCCCUCAUCCUGGCGCUGACCAAGGCUGUCCUGUGGUUGCCCAUGAUGGUGAACAUGUUGGUCCAGCAUGUGGUGGGAGUUCAGAGCCCUCCUCUGGAGACACUCAGCUUCCUGCUGACACUGCUGGCCACCACCGUGACACCCGUGUUUGUCCUGUCCAAAACCUGGGCACACUUGCCCUGUGGCUGCAUCAUCAACUGCAGACCGAACUCCUACACCGUGGCCUCCGAAGGGAGAACAAGCAAGAGGAAAGGCUUUGAGUUCAACCUGUCAUUCCAACAAAGCUAUGGAAUCUAUAAGCUAGCCCAGGAGGAGGACUACGACGACGAGGGUGUCACCUGCACAUCCCAUCCCAGCCUGAGGGGCUCCCAGGGUGACUCCAGACGCGGGGAGCCUCGGGCGCUCAGCGCGGUGCGCGUGGAGAUCAGCACCAGGCCCGCGGACAGCGCCGCGCCCCAGGCCGGCCUCCCGGGCGCUGGCCCCAGGGCUGCCCAGGAGGACUCCCCAAAGCAGCAGCCCCACCAAGGAAAAGGAGCCCUCUCUGACCAGGCAGGAGGCGGCGGCGUUGGCCACGAGGAAGGAGCUUUGUGUGAUGGCCCAGAAAGAAGACUGUCGCACGAGGAGAACCUGAAGCCAGGCCUCGCAGACUGGGAGUGGUGCCGGAGUCGAUCGGAAAGGACCCCGCGGCAGCGUUUGGGCGGUGGCCUCGCCAUCCCCCUGUGCGCCUUCCAGGGGAUGGUCUCCCUCCAGGCACCUACCGGGAAAACCCUGUCUCUUUCUACCUAUGAGGUCAGCGCCCAAGGGCAGAAGAUAACCCCUGCCUCUAAGAAAAUAGAAGUCUACCGGUCCAAAAGCGUUGGCCACGAACCAAACGCGGAGGAUUCCCCUUCCACGCUGGCGGACACCAGUGUCAAAAUACACCUGGAGGUCCUUGAAAUCUGUGACAAUGAAGAGGCCUUGGACACCGUGUCCAUCAUCAGCAACAUCAGCCAGUCGUCGGCCCAGGUGAGGUCUCCCUCCCUGCGCUACUCCCGGAAAGAAAACAGGUUCGUGUCCUGCGAUCUGGGGGAGACGGCCUCCUACUCUCUCUUCUUACCCACGAGUAACCCAGACGGGGAUAUCAGCAUCUCCAUCCCGGACACGGUGGAAGCGCACAGGCAGAACAGUAAGCGGCAGCACCAGGAGAGGGACGGCUACCAGGAGGAGAUCCAGCUGCUGAAUAAAGCCUACCGGAGGAGAGAGGAAGAGAGCGCGGGCCGGGAGGGAGCCAGAGAGGCCCCGCCACCUCGAGCUGGGGAGGGGGCACCCCGGUGCUGA